CUCUCCCCUCUCUUUCAUGCUCUCCCUCUCUUUCAUGCUCUCCCCUCUCAUUUCUGCUCUCCCUCUCUUUCAUGCUCUCCCUCUCUUUCAUGCUCUCCCUCUCUUUCAUGCUCUCCCUCUCUUUCAUGCUCUCCCUCUCUUUCAUGCUCUCCCUCUCUUUCAUGCUCUCCCUCUCUUUCAUGCUCUCCCUCUCUUUCAUGCUCUCCCUCUCUUUCAUGCUCUCCCUCUCUUUCAUGCUCUCCCUCUCUUUCAUGCUCUCCCUCUCUUCAUGCUCUCCCUCUCUUUCAUGCUCUCCCUCUCUUUCAUGCUCUCCCUCUCUUUCAUGCUCUCCCUCUCUUUCAUGCUCUCCCUCUCUUUCACUCUCUCCCUCUCUUUCAUGCUCUCCCUCUCUUUCAUGCUCUCCCUCUCUUUCAUGCUCUCCCUCUCUUUCAUGCUCUCCCUCUCUUUCAUGCUCCUCCUCUCUUUCAUGCUCUCCCUCUCUUUCAUGCUCCCCCUCUCUUUCAUGCUCUCCCUCUCUUUCAUGCUCUCCCUCUCUUUCAUGCUCUCCCUCUCUUUCAUGCUCUCCCUCUCUUUCAUGCUCUCCCUCUCUUUCAUGCUCUCCCUCUCUUUUCAUGCUCUCCCUCUCUUUCAUGCUCUCCCUCUCUUUCAUGCUCUCCCUCUCUUUCAUGCUCUCCCUCUCUUUCAUGCUCUCCCUCUCUUUCAUGCUCUCCCGCUCUUUAAUGCUCUCCCUCUCUUUCAUGCUCUCACCUCUCUUUACAUGCUCUCACCUCUCUUUCAUGCUCUCCCUCUCUUUCAUGCUCUCCCUCUCUUUCAUGCUCUCCCUCUCUUUCAUGCUCUCCCUCUCUUCAUGCUCUCCCUCUCUUUCAUGCUCUCCCUCUCUUUCAUGCUCUCCCUCUCUUUCAUGCUCCCCUCUCUUCUCUUCAUGCUCUCCUCCUCUUUUCAUGCUCCCCUCUCUUUCAUGCUCUCCUCUCUUCAUGCUCUCCCUCUCUUUCCAUGCUCUCCCGCUCUUUCAUGCUCUCCCUCUUCUCUCUCCUCUCUUCAUGCUCUCCCUCUCUUUCAUGCUCUCCCUCUCUUUCAUGCUCUCCCUCUCUUUCAUGCUCUCCCCUCUCUUUCAUGCUCUCCCUCUCUUUCAUGCUCUCCCUCUCUUUCAUGCUCUCCCUCUCUUUCUGCUCUCCCUCUCUAUUCAUGCUCUCCCUCUCUUUCAUGCUCUCCCUCUCUUUCAUGCUCUCCCUCUCUUUCAUGCUCUCCCUCUCUUUCAUGCUCUCCCUCUCUUUCAUGCUCUCCCUCUCUUUCUGCUCCCCUCUCUUUCAUGCUCUCCCUCUCCUUUCAUGCUCUCCCUCUCUUCAUGCUCUCCCUCUCUUUCAUGCUCUCCCUCUCUUUCAUGCUCUCCCUCUCUUUCAUGCUCUCCCUCUCUUUCAUGCUCUCCCUCUCUUUCAUGCUCUCCCUCUCUUUCAUGCUCUUCCCUCUCUUUCAUGCUCUCCCUCUCUUUCAUGCUCUCCCUCUCUUUCAUGCUCUCCCUCUCUUUCAUUGCUCUCCCUCUCUUUCAUGCUCUCCCUCUCUUUCAUGCUCUCCCUCUCUUUCAUGCUCUCCCUCUCUUUCAUGCUCUCCCUCUCUUUCAUGCUCUCCCUCUCUUUCAUGCUCUCCCUCUCUUUCAUGCUCUCCCUCUCUUUCAUGCUCUCCCUCUCUUUCAUGCUCUCCCUCUCUUUCAUGCUCUUCCCUCUCUUUCAUGCUCUCCCUCUCUUUCAUGCUCUCCCUCUCUUUCAUGCUCUCCCUCUCUUUCAUGCUCUCCCUCUCUUUCAUGCUCUCCCUCUGCUUUCAUGCUCUCCCUCUCUUUCAUGCUCUCCCCUCUCUUUCAUGCUCUCCCUCUCUUUCAUGCUCUCCCUCUCUUCAUGCUCUCCUCUCUUUCAUGCUCUCCUCUCUUUCAUGCUCUCCCUCUCUUUCAUGCUCUCCCUCUCUUUCUGCUCUCCCUCUCUUUCAUGCUCUCCCUCUCUUUCAUGCUCUCCCUCUCUUUCAUGCUCUCCCUCUCUUUCAUGCUCUCCCUCUCUUUCAUGCUCUCCCUCUCUUUCAUGCUCUCCCUCUCUUUCAUGCUCUCCCUCUCUUUCAUGCUCUCCCUCUCUUUCAUGCUCUCCCUCUCUUUCAUGCUCUCCCUCUCUUUCAUGCUCUCCCUCUCUUUCAUGCUCUCCCUCUCUUUCAUGCUCUCCCUCUCUUUCAUGCUCUCCCUCUCUUUCAUUGCUCUCCCUCUCUUUCAUGCUCUCCCUCUCUUUCAUGCUCUCCCUCUCUUUCAUGCUCUCCCUCUCUUUCAUGCUCUCCCUCUCUUUCAUGCUCUCCCUCUCUUUCAUGCUCUCCCUCUCUUUCAUGCUCUCCCUCUCUUUCAUGCUCUCCCUCUCUUCAUGCUCUCCCUCUCUUUCAUGCUCUCCCUCUCUUUCAUGCUCUCCCUCUCUUUCAUGCUCUCCCUCUCUUUCAUGCUCUCCCUCUCUUCAUGCUCUCCCUCUCUUUCAUGCUCUCCCUCUCUUUCAUGCUCUCCCUCUCUUUCAUGCUCUCCCUCUCUUUCAUGCUCUCCCUCUCUUCAUGCUCUCCCUCUCUUUCAUGCUCUCCCUCUCUUCAUGCUCUCCCUCUCUUUCAUGCUCUCCCUCUCUUUCAUGCUCUCCCUCUCUUUCAUGCUCUCCCUCUCUUCAUGCUCUCCCUCUCUUUCAUGCUCUCCCCUCUCUUUCAUGCUCUCCCUCUCUUUCAUGCUCUCCUCUUCCUUUCAUGCUCUCCCUCUCUUUCAUGCUCUCCCUCUCUUUCAUGCUCUCCCUCUCUUUCAUGCUCUCCCUCUCUUUCAUGCUCUCCCUCUCUUCAUGCUCCCCUCUCUUUCAUGCUCUCCCUCUCUUCAUGCUCUCCCUCUCUUUCAUGCUCUCCCUCUCUUUCAUGCUCUCCCUCUCUUUCAUGCUCUCCCUCUCUUUCAUGCUCUCCCCUCUCUUUCAUGCUCUCCCUCUCUUUCAUGCUCUCCCUCUCUUUCAUGCUCUCCCUCUCUUUCAUGCUCUCCCUCUCUUUCAUGCUCUCCCUCUCUUUCAUGCUCUCCCUCUCUUUCAUGCUCUCCCUCUCUUCAUGCUCUCCCUCUCUUUCAUGCUCCCUCCUUUCAUGCUCUCCUCUUUCAUGCUCUCCCUCUCUUUCAUGCUCUCCCUCUCUUUCAUGCUCUCCCUCUCUUUCAUGCUCUCCCUCUCUUUCAUGCUCUCCCUCUCUUUCAUGCUCUCCCUCUCUUUCAUGCUCUCCCUCUCUUCAUGCUCUCCUCUUCUUUCAUGCUCUCACCUCUCUUUCAUGCUCUCCUCUCUUUCAUGCUCUCCCUCUCUUUCAUGCUCUCCCUCUCUUUCAUGCUCUCCCUCUCUUUCAUGCUCUCCUGCUCUCCUUUCAUGCUCUCCCUUCUCUUUCAUGCUCUCCCUCUCUUUCAUGCUCUCCCUCUCUUUCAUGCUCUCCUCUCUUUCAUGCUCUCCUCUCUUUCAUGCUCUCCCUCUCUUUCAUGCUCUCCCUCUCUUUCAUGCUCUCCCUCUCUUUCAUGGCUCUCCUCUCUUUCAUGCUCUCCCUCUCUUUCUCUCUCCCUCUCUUUCAUGCUCUCCCUCUCUUUCAUGCUCUCCCUCUCUUUCGUGCUCUCUCCCUCUCUUUCAUGCUCUCCCUCUCUUUCAUGCUCUCCCUCUCUUUCAUGCUCUCCCUCUCUUUCAUGCUCUCCCUCUCUUUCAUGCUCUCCCUCUCUUUCAUGCUCUCCCUCUCUUUCAUGCUCUCCCUCUCUUUCAUGCUCUCCCAUCUCUUUCAUGCUCCUCCUCUCUUCUGCUCUCCCUCUCUUUCUCCCUCUCUUUCAUGCUCUCCCUCUCUUUCAUGCUCUCCCUCUCUUUCAUGCUCUCCCUCUCUUUCAUGCUCUCCCUCUCUUUCAUGCUCUCCCUCUCUUUCAUGCUCUCCCUCUCUUUCAUGCUCUCCCUCUCUUUCAUGCUCUCCCUCUCUUUCAUGCUCUCCCUCUCUUUCAUGCUCUCCCUCUCUUUCAUGCUCUCCCUCUCUUUCAUGCUCUCCCUCUCUUUCAUGCUCUCCCUCUCUUUCAUGCUCUCCCUCUCUUUCAUGCUCUCCCUCUCUUUCAUGCUCUCCCUCUCUUUCAUGCUCUCCCUCUCUUUCAUGCUCUCCCUCUCUUUCAUGCUCUCCCUCUCUUUCAUGCUCUCCCUCUCUUUCAUGCUCUCCCUCUCUUUCAUGCUCUCCCUCUCUUUCAUGCUCUCCCUCUCUUUCAUGCUCUCCCUCUCUUUCAUGCUCUCCCUCUCUUUCAUGCUCUCCCUCUCUUUCAUGCUCUCCCUCUCUUUCAUGCUCUCCCUCUCUUUCAUGCUCUCCCUCUCUUUCAUGCUCUCCCUCUCUUUCAUGCUCUCCCUCUCUUUCAUGCUCUCCCUCUCUUUCAUGCUCUCCCUCUCUUUCAUGCUCUCCCUCUCUUUCAUGCUCUCCCUCUCUUUCAUGCUCUCCCUCUCUUUCAUGCUCUCCCUCUCUUUCAUGCUCUCCCUCUCUUUCAUGCUCUCCCUCUCUUUCAUGCUCUCCCUCUCUUUCAUGCUCUCCCUCUCUUUCAUGCUCUCCCUCUCUUUCAUGCUCUCCCUCUCUUUCAUGCUCUCCCUCUCUUUCAUGCUCUCCCUCUCUUUCAUGCUCUCCCUCUCUUUCAUGCUCUCCCUCUCUUUCAUGCUCUCCCUCUCUUUCAUGCUCUCCCUCUCUUUCAUGCUCUCCCUCUCUUUCAUGCUCUCCCUCUCUUUCAUGCUCUCCCUCUCUUUCAUGCUCUCCCUCUCUUUCAUGCUCUCCCUCUCUUUCAUGCUCUCCCUCUCUUUCAUGCUCUCCCUCUCUUUCAUGCUCUCCCUCUCUUUCAUGCUCUCCCUCUCUUUCAUGCUCUCCCUCUCUUUCAUGCUCUCCCUCUCUUUCAUGCUCUCCCUCUCUUUCAUGCUCUCCCUCUCUUUCAUGCUCUCCCUCUCUUUCAUGCUCUCCCUCUCUUUCAUGCUCUCCCUCUCUUUCAUGCUCUCCCUCUCUUUCAUGCUCUCCCUCUCUUUCAUGCUCUCCCUCUCUUUCAUGCUCUCCCUCUCUUUCAUGCUCUCCCUCUCUUUCAUGCUCUCCCUCUCUUUCAUGCUCUCCCUCUCUUUCAUGCUCUCCCUCUCUUUCAUGCUCUCCCUCUCUUUCAUGCUCUCCCUCUCUUUCAUGCUCUCCCUCUCUUUCAUGCUCUCCCUCUCUUUCAUGCUCUCCCUCUCUUUCAUGCUCUCCCUCUCUUUCAUGCUCUCCCUCUCUUUCAUGCUCUCCCUCUCUUUCAUGCUCUCCCUCUCUUUCAUGCUCUCCCUCUCUUUCAUGCUCUCCCUCUCUUUCAUGCUCUCCCUCUCUUUCAUGCUCUCCCUCUCUUUCAUGCUCUCCCUCUCUUUCAUGCUCUCCCUCUCUUUCAUGCUCUCCCUCUCUUUCAUGCUCUCCCUCUCUUUCAUGCUCUCCCUCUCUUUCAUGCUCUCCCUCUCUUUCAUGCUCUCCCUCUCUUUCAUGCUCUCCCUCUCUUUCAUGCUCUCCCUCUCUUUCAUGCUCUCCCUCUCUUUCAUGCUCUCCCUCUCUUUCAUGCUCUCCCUCUCUUUCAUGCUCUCCCUCUCUUUCAUGCUCUCCCUCUCUUUCAUGCUCUCCCUCUCUUUCAUGCUCUCCCUCUCUUUCAUGCUCUCCCUCUCUUUCAUGCUCUCCCUCUCUUUCAUGCUCUCCCUCUCUUUCAUGCUCUCCCUCUCUUUCAUGCUCUCCCUCUCUUUCAUGCUCUCCCUCUCUUUCAUGCUCUCCCUCUCUUUCAUGCUCUCCCUCUCUUUCAUGCUCUCCCUCUCUUUCAUGCUCUCCCUCUCUUUCAUGCUCUCCCUCUCUUUCAUGCUCUCCCUCUCUUUCAUGCUCUCCCUCUCUUUCAUGCUCUCCCUCUCUUUCAUGCUCUCCCUCUCUUUCAUGCUCUCCCUCUCUUUCAUGCUCUCCCUCUCUUUCAUGCUCUCCCUCUCUUUCAUGCUCUCCCUCUCUUUCAUGCUCUCCCUCUCUUUCAUGCUCUCCCUCUCUUUCAUGCUCUCCCUCUCUUUCAUGCUCUCCCUCUCUUUCAUGCUCUCCCUCUCUUUCAUGCUCUCCCUCUCUUUCAUGCUCUCCCUCUCUUUCAUGCUCUCCCUCUCUUUCAUGCUCUCCCUCUCUUUCAUGCUCUCCCUCUCUUUCAUGCUCUCCCUCUCUUUCAUGCUCUCCCUCUCUUUCAUGCUCUCCCUCUCUUUCAUGCUCUCCCUCUCUUUCAUGCUCUCCCUCUCUUUCAUGCUCUCCCUCUCUUUCAUGCUCUCCCUCUCUUUCAUGCUCUCCCUCUCUUUCAUGCUCUCCCUCUCUUUCAUGCUCUCCCUCUCUUUCAUGCUCUCCCUCUCUUUCAUGCUCUCCCUCUCUUUCAUGCUCUCCCUCUCUUUCAUGCUCUCCCUCUCUUUCAUGCUCUCCCUCUCUUUCAUGCUCUCCCUCUCUUUCAUGCUCUCCCUCUCUUUCAUGCUCUCCCUCUCUUUCAUGCUCUCCCUCUCUUUCAUGCUCUCCCUCUCUUUCAUGCUCUCCCUCUCUUUCAUGCUCUCCCUCUCUUUCAUGCUCUCCCUCUCUUUCAUGCUCUCCCUCUCUUUCAUGCUCUCCCUCUCUUUCAUGCUCUCCCUCUCUUUCAUGCUCUCCCUCUCUUUCAUGCUCUCCCUCUCUUUCAUGCUCUCCCUCUCUUUCAUGCUCUCCCUCUCUUUCAUGCUCUCCCUCUCUUUCAUGCUCUCCCUCUCUUUCAUGCUCUCCCUCUCUUUCAUGCUCUCCCUCUCUUUCAUGCUCUCCCUCUCUUUCAUGCUCUCCCUCUCUUUCAUGCUCUCCCUCUCUUUCAUGCUCUCCCUCUCUUUCAUGCUCUCCCUCUCUUUCAUGCUCUCCCUCUCUUUCAUGCUCUCCCUCUCUUUCAUGCUCUCCCUCUCUUUCAUGCUCUCCCUCUCUUUCAUGCUCUCCCUCUCUUUCAUGCUCUCCCUCUCUUUCAUGCUCUCCCUCUCUUUCAUGCUCUCCCUCUCUUUCAUGCUCUCCCUCUCUUUCAUGCUCUCCCUCUCUUUCAUGCUCUCCCUCUCUUUCAUGCUCUCCCUCUCUUUCAUGCUCUCCCUCUCUUUCAUGCUCUCCCUCUCUUUCAUGCUCUCCCUCUCUUUCAUGCUCUCCCUCUCUUUCAUGCUCUCCCUCUCUUUCAUGCUCUCCCUCUCUUUCAUGCUCUCCCUCUCUUUCAUGCUCUCCCUCUCUUUCAUGCUCUCCCUCUCUUUCAUGCUCUCCCUCUCUUUCAUGCUCUCCCUCUCUUUCAUGCUCUCCCUCUCUUUCAUGCUCUCCCUCUCUUUCAUGCUCUCCCUCUCUUUCAUGCUCUCCCUCUCUUUCAUGCUCUCCCUCUCUUUCAUGCUCUCCCUCUCUUUCAUGCUCUCCCUCUCUUUCAUGCUCUCCCUCUCUUUCAUGCUCUCCCUCUCUUUCAUGCUCUCCCUCUCUUUCAUGCUCUCCCUCUCUUUCAUGCUCUCCCUCUCUUUCAUGCUCUCCCUCUCUUUCAUGCUCUCCCUCUCUUUCAUGCUCUCCCUCUCUUUCAUGCUCUCCCUCUCUUUCAUGCUCUCCCUCUCUUUCAUGCUCUCCCUCUCUUUCAUGCUCUCCCUCUCUUUCAUGCUCUCCCUCUCUUUCAUGCUCUCCCUCUCUUUCAUGCUCUCCCUCUCUUUCAUGCUCUCCCUCUCUUUCAUGCUCUCCCUCUCUUUCAUGCUCUCCCUCUCUUUCAUGCUCUCCCUCUCUUUCAUGCUCUCCCUCUCUUUCAUGCUCUCCCUCUCUUUCAUGCUCUCCCUCUCUUUCAUGCUCUCCCUCUCUUUCAUGCUCUCCCUCUCUUUCAUGCUCUCCCUCUCUUUCAUGCUCUCCCUCUCUUUCAUGCUCUCCCUCUCUUUCAUGCUCUCCCUCUCUUUCAUGCUCUCCCUCUCUUUCAUGCUCUCCCUCUCUUUCAUGCUCUCCCUCUCUUUCAUGCUCUCCCUCUCUUUCAUGCUCUCCCUCUCUUUCAUGCUCUCCCUCUCUUUCAUGCUCUCCCUCUCUUUCAUGCUCUCCCUCUCUUUCAUGCUCUCCCUCUCUUUCAUGCUCUCCCUCUCUUUCAUGCUCUCCCUCUCUUUCAUGCUCUCCCUCUCUUUCAUGCUCUCCCUCUCUUUCAUGCUCUCCCUCUCUUUCAUGCUCUCCCUCUCUUUCAUGCUCUCCCUCUCUUUCAUGCUCUCCCUCUCUUUCAUGCUCUCCCUCUCUUUCAUGCUCUCCCUCUCUUUCAUGCUCUCCCUCUCUUUCAUGCUCUCCCUCUCUUUCAUGCUCUCCCUCUCUUUCAUGCUCUCCCUCUCUUUCAUGCUCUCCCUCUCUUUCAUGCUCUCCCUCUCUUUCAUGCUCUCCCUCUCUUUCAUGCUCUCCCUCUCUUUCAUGCUCUCCCUCUCUUUCAUGCUCUCCCUCUCUUUCAUGCUCUCCCUCUCUUUCAUGCUCUCCCUCUCUUUCAUGCUCUCCCUCUCUUUCAUGCUCUCCCUCUCUUUCAUGCUCUCCCUCUCUUUCAUGCUCUCCCUCUCUUUCAUGCUCUCCCUCUCUUUCAUGCUCUCCCUCUCUUUCAUGCUCUCCCUCUCUUUCAUGCUCUCCCUCUCUUUCAUGCUCUCCCUCUCUUUCAUGCUCUCCCUCUCUUUCAUGCUCUCCCUCUCUUUCAUGCUCUCCCUCUCUUUCAUGCUCUCCCUCUCUUUCAUGCUCUCCCUCUCUUUCAUGCUCUCCCUCUCUUUCAUGCUCUCCCUCUCUUUCAUGCUCUCCCUCUCUUUCAUGCUCUCCCUCUCUUUCAUGCUCUCCCUCUCUUUCAUGCUCUCCCUCUCUUUCAUGCUCUCCCUCUCUUUCAUGCUCUCCCUCUCUUUCAUGCUCUCCCUCUCUUUCAUGCUCUCCCUCUCUUUCAUGCUCUCCCUCUCUUUCAUGCUCUCCCUCUCUUUCAUGCUCUCCCUCUCUUUCAUGCUCUCCCUCUCUUUCAUGCUCUCCCUCUCUUUCAUGCUCUCCCUCUCUUUCAUGCUCUCCCUCUCUUUCAUGCUCUCCCUCUCUUUCAUGCUCUCCCUCUCUUUCAUGCUCUCCCUCUCUUUCAUGCUCUCCCUCUCUUUCAUGCUCUCCCUCUCUUUCAUGCUCUCCCUCUCUUUCAUGCUCUCCCUCUCUUUCAUGCUCUCCCUCUCUUUCAUGCUCUCCCUCUCUUUCAUGCUCUCCCUCUCUUUCAUGCUCUCCCUCUCUUUCAUGCUCUCCCUCUCUUUCAUGCUCUCCCUCUCUUUCAUGCUCUCCCUCUCUUUCAUGCUCUCCCUCUCUUUCAUGCUCUCCCUCUCUUUCAUGCUCUCCCUCUCUUUCAUGCUCUCCCUCUCUUUCAUGCUCUCCCUCUCUUUCAUGCUCUCCCUCUCUUUCAUGCUCUCCCUCUCUUUCAUGCUCUCCCUCUCUUUCAUGCUCUCCCUCUCUUUCAUGCUCUCCCUCUCUUUCAUGCUCUCCCUCUCUUUCAUGCUCUCCCUCUCUUUCAUGCUCUCCCUCUCUUUCAUGCUCUCCCUCUCUUUCAUGCUCUCCCUCUCUUUCAUGCUCUCCCUCUCUUUCAUGCUCUCCCUCUCUUUCAUGCUCUCCCUCUCUUUCAUGCUCUCCCUCUCUUUCAUGCUCUCCCUCUCUUUCAUGCUCUCCCUCUCUUUCAUGCUCUCCCUCUCUUUCAUGCUCUCCCUCUCUUUCAUGCUCUCCCUCUCUUUCAUGCUCUCCCUCUCUUUCAUGCUCUCCCUCUCUUUCAUGCUCUCCCUCUCUUUCAUGCUCUCCCUCUCUUUCAUGCUCUCCCUCUCUUUCAUGCUCUCCCUCUCUUUCAUGCUCUCCCUCUCUUUCAUGCUCUCCCUCUCUUUCAUGCUCUCCCUCUCUUUCAUGCUCUCCCUCUCUUUCAUGCUCUCCCUCUCUUUCAUGCUCUCCCUCUCUUUCAUGCUCUCCCUCUCUUUCAUGCUCUCCCUCUCUUUCAUGCUCUCCCUCUCUUUCAUGCUCUCCCUCUCUUUCAUGCUCUCCCUCUCUUUCAUGCUCUCCCUCUCUUUCAUGCUCUCCCUCUCUUUCAUGCUCUCCCUCUCUUUCAUGCUCUCCCUCUCUUUCAUGCUCUCCCUCUCUUUCAUGCUCUCCCUCUCUUUCAUGCUCUCCCUCUCUUUCAUGCUCUCCCUCUCUUUCAUGCUCUCCCUCUCUUUCAUGCUCUCCCUCUCUUUCAUGCUCUCCCUCUCUUUCAUGCUCUCCCUCUCUUUCAUGCUCUCCCUCUCUUUCAUGCUCUCCCUCUCUUUCAUGCUCUCCCUCUCUUUCAUGCUCUCCCUCUCUUUCAUGCUCUCCCUCUCUUUCAUGCUCUCCCUCUCUUUCAUGCUCUCCCUCUCUUUCAUGCUCUCCCUCUCUUUCAUGCUCUCCCUCUCUUUCAUGCUCUCCCUCUCUUUCAUGCUCUCCCUCUCUUUCAUGCUCUCCCUCUCUUUCAUGCUCUCCCUCUCUUUCAUGCUCUCCCUCUCUUUCAUGCUCUCCCUCUCUUUCAUGCUCUCCCUCUCUUUCAUGCUCUCCCUCUCUUUCAUGCUCUCCCUCUCUUUCAUGCUCUCCCUCUCUUUCAUGCUCUCCCUCUCUUUCAUGCUCUCCCUCUCUUUCAUGCUCUCCCUCUCUUUCAUGCUCUCCCUCUCUUUCAUGCUCUCCCUCUCUUUCAUGCUCUCCCUCUCUUUCAUGCUCUCCCUCUCUUUCAUGCUCUCCCUCUCUUUCAUGCUCUCCCUCUCUUUCAUGCUCUCCCUCUCUUUCAUGCUCUCCCUCUCUUUCAUGCUCUCCCUCUCUUUCAUGCUCUCCCUCUCUUUCAUGCUCUCCCUCUCUUUCAUGCUCUCCCUCUCUUUCAUGCUCUCCCUCUCUUUCAUGCUCUCCCUCUCUUUCAUGCUCUCCCUCUCUUUCAUGCUCUCCCUCUCUUUCAUGCUCUCCCUCUCUUUCAUGCUCUCCCUCUCUUUCAUGCUCUCCCUCUCUUUCAUGCUCUCCCUCUCUUUCAUGCUCUCCCUCUCUUUCAUGCUCUCCCUCUCUUUCAUGCUCUCCCUCUCUUUCAUGCUCUCCCUCUCUUUCAUGCUCUCCCUCUCUUUCAUGCUCUCCCUCUCUUUCAUGCUCUCCCUCUCUUUCAUGCUCUCCCUCUCUUUCAUGCUCUCCCUCUCUUUCAUGCUCUCCCUCUCUUUCAUGCUCUCCCUCUCUUUCAUGCUCUCCCUCUCUUUCAUGCUCUCCCUCUCUUUCAUGCUCUCCCUCUCUUUCAUGCUCUCCCUCUCUUUCAUGCUCUCCCUCUCUUUCAUGCUCUCCCUCUCUUUCAUGCUCUCCCUCUCUUUCAUGCUCUCCCUCUCUUUCAUGCUCUCCCUCUCUUUCAUGCUCUCCCUCUCUUUCAUGCUCUCCCUCUCUUUCAUGCUCUCCCUCUCUUUCAUGCUCUCCCUCUCUUUCAUGCUCUCCCUCUCUUUCAUGCUCUCCCUCUCUUUCAUGCUCUCCCUCUCUUUCAUGCUCUCCCUCUCUUUCAUGCUCUCCCUCUCUUUCAUGCUCUCCCUCUCUUUCAUGCUCUCCCUCUCUUUCAUGCUCUCCCUCUCUUUCAUGCUCUCCCUCUCUUUCAUGCUCUCCCUCUCUUUCAUGCUCUCCCUCUCUUUCAUGCUCUCCCUCUCUUUCAUGCUCUCCCUCUCUUUCAUGCUCUCCCUCUCUUUCAUGCUCUCCCUCUCUUUCAUGCUCUCCCUCUCUUUCAUGCUCUCCCUCUCUUUCAUGCUCUCCCUCUCUUUCAUGCUCUCCCUCUCUUUCAUGCUCUCCCUCUCUUUCAUGCUCUCCCUCUCUUUCAUGCUCUCCCUCUCUUUCAUGCUCUCCCUCUCUUUCAUGCUCUCCCUCUCUUUCAUGCUCUCCCUCUCUUUCAUGCUCUCCCUCUCUUUCAUGCUCUCCCUCUCUUUCAUGCUCUCCCUCUCUUUCAUGCUCUCCCUCUCUUUCAUGCUCUCCCUCUCUUUCAUGCUCUCCCUCUCUUUCAUGCUCUCCCUCUCUUUCAUGCUCUCCCUCUCUUUCAUGCUCUCCCUCUCUUUCAUGCUCUCCCUCUCUUUCAUGCUCUCCCUCUCUUUCAUGCUCUCCCUCUCUUUCAUGCUCUCCCUCUCUUUUAUGCUCUCCCUCUCUUUCAUGCUCUCCCUCUCUUUCAUGCUCUCCCUCUCUUUCAUGCUCUCCCUCUCUUUCAUGCUCUCCCUCUCUUUCAUGCUCUCCCUCUCUUUCAUGCUCUCCCUCUCUUUCAUGCUCUCCCUCUCUUUCAUGCUCUCCCUCUCUUUCAUGCUCUCCCUCUCUUUCAUGCUCUCCCUCUCUUUCAUGCUCUCCCUCUCUUUCAUGCUCUCCCUCUCUUUCAUGCUCUCCCUCUCUUUCAUGCUCUCCCUCUCUUUCAUGCUCUCCCUCUCUUUCAUGCUCUCCCUCUCUUUCAUGCUCUCCCUCUCUUUCAUGCUCUCCCUCUCUUUCAUGCUCUCCCUCUCUUUCAUGCUCUCCCUCUCUUUCAUGCUCUCCCUCUCUUUCAUGCUCUCCCUCUCUUUCAUGCUCUCCCUCUCUUUCAUGCUCUCCCUCUCUUUCAUGCUCUCCCUCUCUUUCAUGCUCUCCCUCUCUUUCAUGCUCUCCCUCUCUUUCAUGCUCUCCCUCUCUUUCAUGCUCUCCCUCUCUUUCAUGCUCUCCCUCUCUUUCAUGCUCUCCCUCUCUUUCAUGCUCUCCCUCUCUUUCAUGCUCUCCCUCUCUUUCAUGCUCUCCCUCUCUUUCAUGCUCUCCCUCUCUUUCAUGCUCUCCCUCUCUUUCAUGCUCUCCCUCUCUUUCAUGCUCUCCCUCUCUUUCAUGCUCUCCCUCUCUUUCAUGCUCUCCCUCUCUUUCAUGCUCUCCCUCUCUUUCAUGCUCUCCCUCUCUUUCAUGCUCUCCCUCUCUUUCAUGCUCUCCCUCUCUUUCAUGCUCUCCCUCUCUUUCAUGCUCUCCCUCUCUUUCAUGCUCUCCCUCUCUUUCAUGCUCUCCCUCUCUUUCAUGCUCUCCCUCUCUUUCAUGCUCUCCCUCUCUUUCAUGCUCUCCCUCUCUUUCAUGCUCUCCCUCUCUUUUCAUGCUCUCCCUCUCUUUCAUGCUCUCCCUCUCUUUCAUGCUCUCCCUCUCUUUCAUGCUCUCCCUCUCUUUCAUGCUCUCCCUCUCUUUAUGCUCUCCCUCUCUUUCAUGCUCUCCCUCUCUUUCAUGCUCUCCCUCUCUUUAUGCUCUCCCUCUCUUUCAUGCUCUCCCUCUCUUUCAUGCUCUCCCUCUCUUUCAAUGCUCUCACUCCUCUCUUUCAUGCUCUCCCUCUCUUCAUGCUCUCCCUCUCUUUCAUGCUCUCCCUCUCUUUCAUGCUCUCCCUCUCUUUCAUGCUCUCCCCUUAUGCUCCCUCUCUUUAUGCUCUCCCUCUCUUUCAUGCUCUCCCUCUCUUUAUGCUCUCCCUCUCUUUGAUGCUCUCCCUCUCUUUCAUGCUCUCCCGCUCUUUUCAUGCUCUCGCCUCUCUUUUCAUGCUCUCCCUCUCUUUCAUGCUGCUCCCUCUCUUUCAUGCGCUCCCUCAUCUUUCAUGCUCUCCCUCUCUUUCAUGCUCUCCCUCUCUUUUAAUGCUCUCCCUCUCUUUCAUGCUCUCCCUCUCUUUUCAUGCUCUCCCUCUCUUUUCAUGCUCUCCCUCUCUUUCAUGCUCUCCCCUCUCUUUAUGCUCUCUCCCUCUCUUUCAUGCUCUCCCUCUCUUUCAUGCUCUCCCUCUCUUUCAUGCCUCCCUCUCUUUCAUGCUCUCCCUCUCUUUCAUGCUCUCCCUCUCUUUUAUGCUCUCCCCUCUCUUUCAUGCUCUCCCUCUCUUUCAUGCUCUCCCUCUCUUUCAUGCUCUCCCUUCUCUUUUAUGCUCUCCCUCUCUUUAUGCUCUCCCUCUCUUCAUGCUCUCCCUCUCUUUCAUGCUCUCCCUCUCUUUCAUGCUCUCCCUCUCUUUCAUGCUCUCCCUCUCUUUAUGCUCUCCCUCUCUUUCAUGCUCUCCCUCUCUUUCAUGCUCUCCCUCUCUUUCAUGCUCUCCCUCUCUUUCAUGCUCUCCCUCUCUUUCAUGCUCUCCCUCUCUUUUAUGCUCUCCCUCUCUUUCAUGCUCUCCCUCUCUUUCAUGCUCUCCCUCUCUUUCAUGCUCUCCCUCUCUUUCAUGCUCUCCCUCUCUUUCAUGCUCUCCCUCUCUUUCAUGCUCUCCCUCUCUUUCAUGCUCUCCCUCUCUUUCAUGCUCUCCCUCUCUUUAUGCCCCUCUCUUUCAGCUCUCCCUCUCUUUCAUGCUCUCCCUCUCUUUCAUGCUCUCCUCUCUUUAUGCUCUCCCUCUCUUUCAUGCUCUCCCUCUCUUUUCAUGCUCUCCCUCUCUUUCAUGCUCUCCUCUCUUUCAUGCUCUCCCUCUCUUUCAUGCUCUCUCCCUCUCUUUCAUGCUCUCCCUCUCUUUUAUGCUCUCCCUCUCUUUCAUGCUCUCCCUCUCUUUCAUGCUCUCCCUCUCUUUCAUGCUCUCCCCUCUCUUUCAUGCUCUCCCUCUCUUUCAUGCUCUCCCUCUCUUUCAUGCUCUCCCUCUCUUUCAUGCUCUCCUCUCUUUCAUGCUCUCCCUCUCUUUUAUGCUCUCCUCUCUUCAUGCUCUCCCUCUCUUUCAUGCUCUCCCUCUCUUUCAUGCUCUCCCUCUCUUUCAUGCUCUCAGCCUCUCUUUCAUGCGCUCCCUCUCUUUCCAUGCUCUCCCUCUCUUUCAUGCUCUCCCUCUCUUUCAUGCUCUCCCUCUCUUAUGCUCUCCUCUCUUCAGUCGUGCUUCUCCCUCUCUUCAUGCUCUCCCUCUCUUUCUUCUCUCCCUCUCUUUCAUGCUCUCCCUCUCUUUCAUGCUCUCCCUCUCUUUCAUGCUCUCCCUCUCUUUUCAUGCUCUCCCUCUCUUUCAUGCUCUCCCUCUCUUUCAUCAUUCUCCCUCUCCUUUAUGCUCUCCCUCUCUUUCAUGCUCUCCCUCUCUUUUAUGCUCUCCCUCUCUUUUAUGCUCUCCCUCUCUUUCAUGCUCUCCCUCUCUUUCAUGCUCUCCUCUCUUUCAUGCUCUCCCUCUCUUUCAUGCUCUCCACUCUCUUUUCAUGCUCUCCCUCUCUUCUUUCAAAUGCUCUCCCUCUCUUUCAUGCUCUCCCUCUCUUUUAAUGCUCUCCCUCUCUUUCAUGCUCUCCCUCUCUUCAUGCUCUCCCUCUCUUUCAUGCUCUCCCCUCUUUCAUGCUCUCUCCCUCUCUUUCAUGCUCUCCCUCUCUUUCAUGCUCUCCCUCUCUUUCAUGCUCUCCCUCUCUUUCAUGCUCCUCCCUCUCUUUCAUGCUCUCCCAUCUCUUUCAUGCUCUCCCUCUCUUUCAUGCUCUCCCUCUACUUUUAUGCUCUCCCUCUCUUUCAUGCUCUCCCUCUCUUUUUAA